AUGAAUCUUUUUUCGAAAGAGACGGGGAUCAGAUUAGCUGUCGUCAAUGUCCUCCUGUUUUGUGUACUUUUGUUUACGCUUUACUACGCGGAAGAGCAUAAUAUCAUCGACCUUCUAUCCGACUCCAGUCCAAACAAGUUGACUGAUGAGGAACUCAGCCAAAUGAAAAAGCAUUCGGAACUUGAAAACUUGAGAAACAUCCUUCUUUUGGGUGAGCUAACAUACGACCUUGAAGAUGAAAUGUGCAAGGGAAAUGUGUUUUUCAUCAAAAAUGAUUCAAUCGAAUCCUCGAUUCACGAAACAAAUGACAACCUUCUCAAUGGUGAAAUGGUUUUUGUCCACAAUCCAGUAGACAAAAUCGGCGACAAUGAAUAUCUCAUCCGACAGUACGACCAAAGAAUGCCUGACAACGCUGGAGAACCGUUUCUUUCUUUCCCGGACGCGUCGAGGGAGUAUUUUGAGGGCACGAUUUUUACCGGAAAAAUUGUCAAAACGAAAAACGAGCCAGUUUUUUGCUUCGAGACUUCAAAAGAUAAAAGUAAAAUACUUCCUGGACAAAUAAUUCGAUCAACACUAGCAAAUCUCCAAAUAGCGAUUUAUUAUGAUCAGUAUCAUCUUCCGAUAUACCUUCCAUAUCAUCUGAAAUUUCAACGACUAGUGGAUUUCAACGGCGAAUUUAUCGAUAUAAAUCCGUAUGAAUUCACCUCAACAGAAAAAGAAAGCAUCUUUCACCGCGAAGAUACUCUCAUGAUGAAUUAUAAUCGAAAUGAAGUACAAUCAAAGCCGACCAUCCGACUUAUAUCGCGAAACAAAGCAUAUACAACGAGGCCUUUUUGUGAAGAUGAAGUUAUUUCUUUACAAGAAAAAGAAGCAAACAAUACCAACGAUCUUACGAGUUUCCUAAACAAGGACCUUUAUGUGGGAUUGACCGACAAGUGGACCGACGAGUAUCAAUUGUCGAAAAUUCGCUAUGCCGGAAGUUAA